CCAUGGGAUUAUGGCAAUCACAGAGUCCCAGUAAUACAAGUUCCCUUUGGUUUUUUCUGAAAGAAAGCCAUCUAUUAAAGUGAAGCAAAGGAGCUGUUGUGGAUUAUAAUGUUUUGAAGAUCUGGAUUUUUCAGAGGUUUGAAAAUAAGGCAGCAUUUAACCUUUUAAAUGAAAAAGAUUAAGAUCUCAUGCAACUGCUGUAUUUUUUGGAAACCGUUCUCCAAAAGGGAAGUGCACAUUUAAAACUUAGAUAUGAUGGUCCUUUCUGCAGGGAUUUAAGUCUAAUUGCUUUUACAUCAUGACCAGCUUGAAACGGUCACAGACGGAGAGGCCUGUUGCCACUGAAAGGGCCUCGGUUGUUGGCACAGAUGGCCCUCCCAAAGUCCACAGUGACGACUUCUACAUGCGGCGCUUCAGGUCCCAAAAUGGCAGCUUAGGAUCCUCGGUCAUGGCUCCUGUAGGGCCCCCACGAAGUGAAGGGUCUCACCAUAUAACCUCAACCCCCGGAGUCCCAAAGAUGGGGGUUAGGGCAAGGAUUGCAGAUUGGCCCCCAAGAAAGGAAAAUGUUAAAGAAUCUAGCCGUUCAAGCCAGGAAAUAGAAACCUCAAGUUGCCUUGAGAGCCUGUCCUCCAAAAGCAGUCCUGUGAGUCAGGGAAGUUCUGUUAGCCUCAAUUCCAGUGACUCAGCCAUGUUAAAAAGCAUACAGAACACGCUGAAAAACAAGACAAGACCGUCGGAGAACAUGGACUCCAGAUUUCUCAUGCCUGAAGCCUAUCCCAGCUCUCCCAGAAAGGCUCUUCGCAGAAUAAGGCAGCGGAGCAACAGCGAUAUCACCAUAAGUGAACUUGAUGUGGAUAGCUUUGAUGAAUGUAUCUCGCCCACAUACAAGACUGGGCCAUCACUGCACAGGGAAUAUGGUAGCACAUCUUCGAUUGAUAAGCAGGGAACGUCCGGAGAAAGCUUCUUUGAUUUGUUAAAGGGCUACAAAGAUGACAAAUCUGAUCGAGGUCCAACUCCAACCAAGCUCAGUGACUUCCUCAUUGCCGGUGGGGGCAAGGGCUCUGGGUUCUCUUUGGAUGUUAUAGAUGGGCCCAUCUCACAGAGAGAGAACCUCAGGCUCUUUAAGGAAAGGGAAAAACCACUUAAGCGACGUUCCAAGUCUGAAACUGGAGACUCGUCCAUUUUUCGUAAAUUACGCAAUGCCAAAGGUGAAGAACUUGGGAAAUCAUCGGAUCUUGAAGAUAACCGAUCGGAAGACUCUGUCAGGCCCUGGACAUGUCCAAAGUGCUUUGCCCACUACGAUGUCCAGAGUAUAUUAUUUGACUUGAAUGAGGCGAUUCUGAACAGGCACAAUGUUAUUAAGAGGAGAAACACCACCACGGGGGCUUCAGCAGCUGCUGUGGCGUCCUUGGUCUCAGGACCUUUGUCCCACUCGGCCAGUUUUAGCUCCCCAAUGGGCAGCACGGAGGACCUGAAUUCCAAAGGAAGCCUCAGCAUGGACCAGGGAGAUGAUAAAAGCAAUGAACUUGUAAUGAGCUGCCCGUAUUUUCGGAAUGAGAUUGGUGGAGAAGGUGAAAGGAAAAUCAGCCUGUCAAAAUCGAAUUCUGGCUCCUUUAGUGGAUGUGAAAGUGCCUCAUUUGAGUCGACACUCAGCUCCCAUUGCACAAAUGCAGGAGUGGCAGUACUUGAAGUGCCCAAGGAAAACUUGGUGUUGCAUCUAGAUCGAGUGAAAAGGUACAUUGUGGAACAUGUGGAUCUGGGCGCAUACUAUUACAGGAAAUUCUUCUUUCAGAAGGAACACUGGAACUAUUUUGGGGCUGAUGAAAAUCUUGGUCCAGUGGCUGUGAGCAUUCGAAGGGAAAAACCGGAAGAAACGAAAGAAAAUGGAUCUCCAUACAACUAUCGAAUAAUUUUUAGAACGAGUGAGCUCAUGACACUGAGAGGUUCAGUCCUGGAGGAUGCUGUUCCCUCAACGGCAAAGCACUCGACUGCCCGAGGGCUGCCCCUGAAAGAAGUGCUGGAGCAUGUGAUUCCCGAGCUCAAUGUCCAGUGCCUGCGGUUGGCCUUCAACACUCCCAAAGUCACAGAGCAGCUCAUGAAACUGGAUGAACAAGGGCUGAACUAUCAGCAGAAAGUAGGCAUCAUGUACUGCAAAGCUGGACAGAGCACUGAAGAAGAGAUGUACAACAAUGAAUCCGCCGGCCCAGCCUUUGAGGAAUUCCUUCAGCUGUUGGGAGAACGUGUUCGGCUCAAAGGAUUUGAGAAGUAUCGUGCACAGCUUGACACCAAAACAGACUCCACUGGAACCCAUUCGCUGUACACAACAUACAAAGACUAUGAAAUCAUGUUCCAUGUUUCUACCAUGCUGCCAUAUACACCUAACAACAAGCAACAGCUCCUACGGAAGCGGCACAUUGGAAAUGAUAUUGUAACAAUUGUUUUCCAAGAACCUGGAGCACAGCCAUUCAGCCCGAAAAACAUCCGAUCCCACUUUCAGCACGUUUUCGUCAUAGUCAGGGUUCACAACCCCUGCACCGACGGUGUCUGUUACAGUGUGGCCGUCACCAGGUCCAGAGAUGUACCUUCCUUUGGACCUCCCAUCCCCAAAGGGGUCACUUUCCCGAAGUCAAAUGUGUUCAGGGACUUCCUUUUGGCCAAAGUGAUUAAUGCAGAAAAUGCCGCUCAUAAAUCGGAAAAGUUCCGGGCCAUGGCAACACGGACCCGCCAGGAGUACCUGAAAGAUCUGGCAGAAAAGAAUGUCACCAACACCCCUAUUGACCCAUCUGGCAAGUUCCCGUUUAUCUCUCUGGCCUCUAAGAAGAAGGAGAAGUCUAAGCCCUACCCAGGAGCUGAGCUCAGUAGCAUGGGGGCCAUUGUGUGGGCCGUCCGUGCCAAAGACUACAACAAGGCUAUGGAAAUAGACUGCCUUCUGGGGGUCUCCAAUGAGUUCAUCGUCCUCAUCGAGCAGGAAACCAAGAGCGUGGUUUUCAACUGUUCCUGCAGAGAUGUGAUCGGGUGGACCUCAACUGACAGCAGCCUCAAAAUCUUCUAUGAGCGGGGAGAGUGUGUUUCGGUGGAGAGUUUCAUUAACAGUGAGGAUACCAAAGAGAUUGUCAAAAGGUUGCAGUUUGUGUCAAAAGGUUGUGAAUCAGUGGAGAUGACUCUGCGAAGGAAUGGGCUAGGACAGCUUGGCUUCCAUGUCAACUACGAGGGCAUCGUGGCGGACGUGGAGCCCUACGGCUAUGCCUGGCAGGCAGGGCUGAGGCAGGGCAGCCGGCUGGUGGAGAUAUGCAAGGUGGCAGUGGCCACUCUGAGCCACGAGCAGAUGAUCGAUCUCCUGAGAACAUCUGUCACGGUGAAGGUGGUCAUUAUCCCCCCACAUGAUGACUGCACCCCCCGCAGGAGCUGCUCUGAAACCUACCGCAUGCCAGUGAUGGAGUACAAAAUGAAUGAAGGAGUUUCAUAUGAAUUCAAGUUUCCCUUCCGAAAUAAUAACAAAUGGCAGAGGAAUGCCAACAAGGGGCCUCAUUCACCUCAAGUCCCGUCCCAGGUGCAGAGUCCCAUGACCUCGAGGCUGAAUGCUGGGAAAGGAGACGGGAAGAUGGCUCCUCCAGAAAGAGCCACCAACAUUCCUCGAAGCAUCUCCAGUGACGGGCGCCCGCUGGAGAGGCGGCUGUCUCCUGGAUCAGACAUCUAUGUGACGGUCUCAUCCAUGGCUUUAGCAAGAUCCCAGCAGUGUCGUAACUCCCCUAGCAACCUGUCUUCAUCCAGCGAGACUGGCUCUGGUGGGGGCACUUACAGGCAAAAAUCCAUGCCCGAAGGGUUUGGAGUAAGCCGCAGAUCCCCAGCCUCCAUUGACAGGCAGAACACCCAGUCAGAUAUUGGUGGUGGCAGCGGAAAAUCCACACCCAACUGGCAAAGAAGUGAAGAUAGCAUUGCCGACCAGAUGGCUUACAGUUAUAGAGGACCUCAGGAUUUCAAUUCUUUUGUCCUCGAUCAGCAUGAAUAUACAGAGCCAACAUGCCAUCUCCCAGCAGUAUCAAAGGUACUGCCAGCUUUCCGAGAGAGCCCCAGUGGGAGAUUAAUGCGGCAGGAUCCAGUGGUUCAUUUGUCUCCAAACAAACAAGGGCAUUCUGAUAGCCACUACUCAAGCCACUCCAGCAGCAAUACACUCUCCAGCAACGCCUCGAGCGCCCACAGUGACGAGAAGUGGUAUGACGGGGACCGCACAGAAUCCGAGCUCAACAGCUACAACUAUCUGCAAGGUACCUCCGCCGACAGUGGCAUCGACACCACCUCCUAUGGCCCCAGCCACGGCAGCACGGCCUCCCUGGGGGCUGCCACGUCGUCACCUCGCUCGGGGCCAGGCAAGGAGAAAGUGGCACCCCUGUGGCACAGUUCCAGUGAAGUGAUCUCCAUGGCAGAUCGGACUUUAGAGACAGACAGCCAUGGCAUGGACCGGAAAGCAGAGUCCUCCCUGAGCCUGGAUGUCCACAGCAAGAGCCAGGCCGGCUCAAACCCUCUGACCAGGGAGAACAGCACUUUCAGCAUAAAUGACGCUGCUUCCCACUCGAGUACCAUGAGCUCCCGACACUCUGCCAGCCCGGUUAUCUUCACCAGUGCCCGAAGUUCACCCAAAGAAGAGCUUCAUCCUGCCACCUCCUCGCAGCUUGCACCUUCCUUCUCCUCCUCCUCCUCCUCUUCAUCUGGUCCUAGGACUUUCUACCCUCGCCAGGGUGCUACUAGCAAGUACCUGAUUGGGUGGAAAAAACCUGAAGGAACCAUAAACUCCGUGGGAUUCAUGGACACAAGAAAGCGUCAUCAGAGUGAUGGCAAUGAAAUAGCCCACACCAGGCUGCGUGCCUCAACCAGGGACCUCCGGGCAUCCCCCAAGCCAACCUCCAAGUCCACCAUUGAGGAGGAUCUCAAGAAACUCAUCGACCUUGAAAGCCCAACUCCAGAAUCUCAGAAGAAUUUUAAGUUCCAGGCGCUCUCCUCUCCUCAGUCUCCUUUCCCUACCACCCCCACCUCAAGGCGGGCCUUGCACAGAACGCUGUCGGAUGAGAGUAUUUACAGUGGCCAGAGGGAGCACUUUUUCACCUCAAGGGCUUCGCUUCUGGACCAAGCCCUACCCAAUGACGUCCUCUUCAGUAGCACCUACCCUUCUCUCCCCAAGUCUCUUCCAUUGCGGAGGCCUUCUUACACCUUGGGAAUGAAGUCGCUACAUGGAGAGUUCUCGGCCUCGGACAGCUCCCUCACCGACAUCCAGGAGACCCGCAGGCCCAUGCCCGACCCGGGCCUGAUGCCCCUUCCUGACUCUGCCGCCGACUUGGAUUGGUCCAACUUGGUGGAUGCUGCCAAGGCCUAUGAGGUCCAGAGAGCCUCGUUCUUUGCUGCUAGUGAUGAAAACCAUCGCCCUCUGAGUGCUGCAUCGAACAGCGACCAGCUUGAGGACCAGGCCCUGGUCCAGAUGAAGUCUUACAGCAGUAAAGACUCCUCGCCCACUCUGGCUUCUAAAGUGGACCAACUGGAAGGUAUGCUGAAGAUGCUUCGGGAGGAUUUGAAGAAGGAAAAGGAAGACAAAGCCCACCUUCAGGCGGAAGUUCAGCACUUGCGAGAGGACAACCUGAGGCUGCAGGAGGAGUCCCAGAAUGCCUCCGACAAGCUGAAGAAGUUCACGGAAUGGGUCUUCAAUACCAUAGACAUGAGCUAGGGCAGGCGGAGGUGGAGAGGAGAGGGGCCCGCGGGGAAGGCGCUCUCUGUGAGGCUUGCAAGCCCCUUGGUUACGCCAUUGAAAGCAUCCUCAGAGCGCCCUCCCCAGCUCCCUAUGUCGCCCCCUUUCCGGGAGUGCACAACACAAUUGCAGAUCAACAGUCAUUAUCUGCCUUUUGUAGAAAA